AAGGCGCCACACUCCACUAACAGUGGUUUAUCAAGACUUCUCAUUAUUUUGUGACACCGACUCGUCCGUCACCUGACUUAUCUGAACAAACUGUUUGGAUUCAUGACGAUCCGUUAAGUGGGAAGACGUAAACUAAUAUUGACCCCCACAAGACCGAGAUUAACAGAACCUGCAGUACUUGGUUUUCACCGGGGCAUAUACUUGUUCCUUGGGAGGUGUUUGACUCUGACAUUUGCCUUGUGUGGCUCAGCUUUGGUCUGAUUUUGUUUGUGCUUUGGCUGGGGUGAAGAACGCCGAUGGCUCUCAUGGAUAAGCAUAAAGUCAAGCGACAGAGACUUGACCGCAUUUGUGAAGGCAUUCGCCCCCCGAUUUUGAAUGGGCCGAUGCACCCGCGCCCCCUAGUGGCACUGUUGGAUGGUCGCGACUGCACCGUGGAGAUGCCUGUCCUGAAGGACGUGGCCACGGUGGCGUUCUGCGAUGCCCAGUCCACCCAGGAGAUCCACGAGAAGGUGCUGAAUGAAGCAGUGGGCGCCCUGAUGUACCACACCAUCACUCUCUCGCGGGACGACCUCGACAAGUUCAAGGGCCUGCGGAUCAUCGUGCGAAUAGGCAGUGGCUUUGACAAUGUGGACAUCAAGGCCGCGGCUGAACUAGGUAUAGCUGUGUGUAAUGUGCCUGCCACAUCAGUGGAGGAGACAGCGGACACCUCCAUGUGUCUGAUCCUGAACCUUUACCGCCGCGUCACCUGGAUGCACCAGGCUAUGAGAGAGGGCACCAGGGCUUCCAGCGUGGAGCAGAUCAGGGAGGUGGCCAGCGGCGCUGCCCGCAUCCGGGGAGAGACGCUGGGCAUCAUUGGCCUGGGGCGAGUGGGCCAGGCUGUAGCGCUGCGGGCCAAGGCCUUUGGCUUCAGUGUGAUAUUCUACGACCCCUACCUGCCAGACGGAGUGGAACGCUCUCUGGGCCUGCAGAGAAUGGCCACCCUGCAGGACCUUCUCAUCCACUCUGAUUGUGUGUCACUGCACUGCAGCCUCAACGAGCACAACCAUCACCUCAUCAACGACUUCACCAUUAAACAGAUGCGCCAGGGGGCGUUUUUGGUGAACACGGCGCGAGGGGGCCUGGUGGAUGAGAAGGCCCUGGCCCAGGCACUGAAAGAGGGAAGGAUACGGGGUGCUGCCUUGGACGUACAUGAGACGGAGCCCUUCAGCUUCUCUCAGGGCCCACUGAAGGACGCUCCCAAUCUGAUUUGCACCCCCCACACAUCCUGGUACAGUGAGCAGGCGUCCCUUGAGGCUCGGGAGGAGGCAGCUAGAGAAGUGCGCCGGGCCAUCACAGGCCGCAUCCCCGACAGUCUGAAGAACUGUGUGAACAAGGAGUAUCUGAUGGCAACACCCCAGUGGCCUGGUGUGGACCAUGGGGCCGUGCACUCAGAACAGAACGGAGCUGCAGCUUACAGGUUCCCUACUGGCCUAGUGGGAGUGACAGCAGGAGGCCUGACGGGGGCAGGUGCUGCAGUGGAGGGAAUUGUUGCAGGAAACCUGGCUAUGGCACAUGGGAUUGCCCCCAUGUCCCGACCCCCCCACACCCCAUCGCCGGGGCAACCCUCUAAAGCAGAAACAGACAGAGACAUGCCAACGGACCAGUAGCCCCCCACCCCCCAACUGUCCCCAAUCCCCCUCUUCUCCACAACAUUCCGUCGUCACCCUUCAUGUUCAUUCAAGCUUAUAGACAGACACUGGUAUUGAGGUCCAUUCUGACCUGGCUUUGGUCCCGUCCUACAGAACAGAAUCCUUCAGGAGGGACAGAAUCCUCGACUCCCUCCACACAUCCUGUUUUCUCUCAUCCAGAAUGCAAUAAGUGGAUUACUCAAGGAUUUUAUUUUUCUUCCCGUUUGCUUUUAAACCCCUCUGUGUCUGACGUUCAUGUGGCUCAGUGGUUUUGUAAAUUAGUCCUUUGUGGGAGACCUGUUCCAAUAUUUUUCCUGUGUUAUUUGCUUUUGUUAUCUCUCUUGCUGUUUGACAUGCUAUAAAGUGAGGCAUAAGUCUGGAACGGUAUUGAAGAUGAUUUCCCCCCCCCACUACUAUUUGUUCACAAACCUUACAAAGGAUUUUCUAAUGUCGGACUCUACAUUUAGUCAUCACAAUAAAGGUGUGGCUGUGAUUUUUUUUAUUUUAUAGCUUUAUGACUGAAUGUGGUGGUCUUGACACAGAAAUAUACUGCACAUAUUUCUGUGUCAAGACCACCACAUUCAGUCAUGGCCAAAAGUUUUGAGAAUGACACAUUCAUUUUCAAAGUUUGCUGCUUCGGUGUCUUCAGAUAUUUUUGUCAGAUGUUACUAUGGAAUACUGAAGUAUAAUUACAAGCAUUUCAACAGUGUCAAAGGCUUUUAUUGACAAUUACAUGAAGUUGAUGCAAAGAGUCAAUAUUUGCAGUGUUGACCCUUCUUUUUCAAGACCUCUGCAAUCCACCCUGGCAUUCUGUCAAUUAACUUCAGGGCCACAUCCUGACCGAUGGCAGCCCAUUCUUGCAUAAUCAAUGCUUGGAGUUUGUCAGAAUUUGUGGGUAUUUGUUUGUCCACCUGCCUCUUGAGGAUUGACCACACGUUUUCAAUGGGAUUAAGGUCUGGGAGUUUCCUGGCCAUGGACCCAAAAUGUCUGUUUUGUUCCCCGAGCCACUUAGUUAUCACUUUUGCCUUAUGGCAAGGUGCUCCAUCAUGCUGGAAAAGGCAUUGUUCGUCACCAAACUGUUCCUGGAUGGUUGGGAGAAGUUGCUCUCGGAGGAUGUGUUGAUACCGUUCUUUAGUCAUGGCUGUUCUCAGGCAAAAUUGUGAGUGAGCCCACUCCCUUGGCUGAGAAGCAACCCUACACAUGAAUGGUCUCAGGAUGCUUUACUGUUGGCAUUAUACAGGACUGAUGGUGGCGCUCACCUUGUCUUCUCCAGACAAGCUUUUUUCCAGAUGCCCCAAACAAUCGGAAAGGGGAUUCAUCAGAGAAAAUGACUUUACCCCAGUCCUCAGCAGUCCAAUUCCUGUACCUUUUGCAGAAUAUCAGUCUGUCCCUGAUGUUUUUCCUGGAGAGAAGUGGCUUCUUUGCUGCCCUUCUUGACACCAGGCCAUCCCCCAAAAGUCUUCGCCUCACUGUGCGUGCAGAUGCACUCACACCUGCCUGCUGCAAUUCCUGAGCAAGCGUGCCCCGAUCCCGCAGCUGAAUCAACUUUAGGAGACGGUCCUGGCGCUUGAACUUUCUUGGGUGCCCUGAAGCUUUCUUCACAACAAUUGAACCGCUCUCCUUGAAGUUCUUGAUGAUCCGAUAAAUGGUUGAUUUAGGUGCAGUCUUACUGGCAGCAAUAUCCUUGCCUGUGAAGCCCUUCUUUGUGCAAAGCAAUGAUGGUGGCACGUGUUUCCUUGCAGGUAACCAUGGUUGACAGAGGAAGAACAAUGAUUCCAAGCAGCACCCUCCUUUUUAAGCUUCCAGUCUGUUAUUUGAACUCAAUCAGCAUGACAGAGUGAACUCCAGCCUUGUCCUCGUCAACACUCACACCUAUGUUAAUGAGAUAAUCACUGACAUGAUGUCAGCUGGUCCUUUUGUGGCAGGGCUGAAAUGCAGUGGAAAUGUUUUUUGGGGGUAUUCAGUUAAUUUGCAUGGCAAAGAGGGACUUUGCGAUUAAUUGCAAUUCAUCUGAUCACUCUUCAUAACAUUCUGGAGUAUAUGCAAAUUGCCAUCAUACAAACUGAGGCAGCAGACUAUGAAAAUUUAUGUUUGUCAUUCUCAACUUUUGGCCACGACUGUACACUAGUUGUUUGCUCUUAUAACCGUUUUUUUUUCUUGAUUUAAAUGUGUAGAUGUUCUGCACAUUGUGGUUGCUAAGACUAGCGUGACGACGGUCUUCAUACCUUCCUAUUUCUUUUUUUAUGUUACCUUUUUGAUAUGAAUAGAACAUGAAAACAAUAUCUUUGUCAAGUCCUCAAAUUAUCUAUCCUCUUUAGGUACUCCGGUAUCACAAUUGCCCCCCAUCCCCCAACAGUGUUUUGCUGACAUUGACACUCAUUUUAGGGUUUCAUCUUGUGUUAUUACUGCAGGCGUUAAGUUCUUUCACCCAUAUGGAUUCCACAGUUGCUGUCGAUCUCAAAUAGACUAGAGUAAUAAGUCUUCAAGGAAUUUUCUAUGUCACUCUUAAAGGGAAAUUUCUAAAAUGUUCAACUUCAUAUUCAUCUCCAGGGUUGGGGAUUUAACAGAUUACAUGUUCUAUUUUGUUGUUGUAAUCACUUACAUGUGAACUGUAAUCCAUUAAUAUGGAAAAUAUUCUUAUCAGAUUAGAUUCUUUUGAAGAACUAGAUGACCUCGAGGAUUACUUUUUAAAUUUAGAAAGUAUGUUUGAUUUUUUUUGGGGGGGGGUGGGGGGGCGGACACUUCUGUUGUCUCAAUGACAUUCAAAUCAGUAUUGGAAAAAAAGGUACACGUUUAAGUUUAUUCCACCUGAGCAAGUCUGACCACAAGUCAGUGACCACUAUGAUGGAUCACGGGUAACGAGCAGGAAUAGACUUUUUUUAGGCUACGGUCCAAGCAAUGUCUUCCAAUGGCGUGGCUGCUGUCGGAAUCCAAAGAUUAUCCAAUUUGAGUAAACGCAAUCAUUCUUUUUGAAACCAGUGGACAGCCAGUGAAAUAUGCUCACAUGCAUAGUGCGGAUCCCAGCCUAUGGAAUAAAAGUGGGUAUUUUAUAGCGCCAUCUAAUUCAUGCUGAUAAAAAAUUCAUAGGCCUAAUGCACACAUUUGAUAGACUUAAAGGGAGAUGUAGUUGCUACAUCAGUUAUUUUACUAAUACAUUUUAUAUAUCCAUUGAUUCUUGAAGAAUAUAACUUAUAAAUGCCUCAUGGGCUUAGUUCAAAUGUGCACCCAUGAGAACCCAAAAUAUAAGCUUGUCUUUCUCCAAUGUUUGUAAACAUUCUAAAUGUAAACAAACACUGUAUAGCCUCAUAACAUGGUUAAAACAAGUUUGAUAUCAUGGAUGCUCAGUCCUUGCAUCCAUAGCUCUGUCUUUUAAUCUGAGACUGGUUACAAUUCUCAAGGCCCAUCCCUCAGCUUUUUACCAAAACAGAGACGGGGUGGCCAUUUUGUUAUUGUUUCAUAUGGAUUUGCCCUUUAAACAGCUGCAUAUUGUCAAGAUAUCAAAAAAUCACCAACUAAAAGGUAAACAAUAGGCCUAUAGCAAAUGCAGCAUAUGGCAUUUAUUUCUCACACGUAAAUAGCACUUUUCAGUAGUGUUGAAAGCAUGCCAUUCCAUGAGCGCAGGAUUUAUUUUUCAACUCGAAUCAAUGAGCCCAAUCAGUCCUCCAUGACAACAAAAUCACAAACAAGAGAGUAGGGCUGGCUAAUAAGUCCUAUUCUUGAAGAUCAAGGGGUAUAACAUUUAUUGGAAUGACUGGAAAAACGUUUAUUGGAAUGACUGGAAUUCUAAUAGACUUUGGUUUUUAAUGUAAAGAUAUGAUUUAAUCGUAUUAUUAUAUGUAGUAGAAAGCGAUGGGUUAGAAGAAGCCUACAUAACCAACCCAUAAAGUAAAAUGUAACAUCCAUAUAUGGCCAGCUAUGUAAACUUUUACAAUGAUUUAUCCUGCAAUAGAUCUUGUUUAAUUGGUAACAUACAUUUGUGUCUUCUUCUAAUGACUAAGGAAAACAUGAAAACAAUAUCUUUGUCAAGUCCUCAAAUGAUCAAUCCUCUUUAGGUACUCCUAAGGGGAAAGUAAUCUAAAAGUAACUGAAUGUAAUCAGAUUAGGUAAUCCAGAAUUUUGUUACUGAUGACGAUUUUGGACAGGUAACUGUAACGGAUUACAUUUAGAAAGUAACCUGAUCAUCUCCAGAUCCACCAACAUUAGUGAAAAUGGUGCUUUUUUAUGAUCUGUAGCAACAAACACCAGAUGUGAUUCCAAUGACUGCGUCGGUGUCCAUUGUGUGAUUUUUAAAUAAUUAUGAUUAGCAUGAUCUACUCAUUUAUUUAACCAGGCAAGUCAGUUGAGAACAAAUUCUUAUUUACAAAGACAGCCUAGGAACAGCAGGUGAACUGCCUUGUUCAGGAGCAGAACGACAGAUUUUUACCUUGUCAGCUCGGGGAUUCAAUCCAACAACUUUUCGGGUACUGGCCCAACACUAACCACUAGGCUACCUGCCACCGCUAAUUGGUUUAUUAUGUUAUAGGAAACACUUAUUUUACUUUUUAACUUUUUAUUUUUUUUACUACAAACAUAGAAAAGUGACAUUUUCACAUAUGAUGAUGUUGGGGGUGGUGCUGAAGAUGAUGAAUAUGAAGUUGAACAUUUUAAAUUUAACUUUAAAACACAUUUCAUCCUAGCAAAACGAGGUCACAACCAUAGAAAUAUUAUUAAGAUGGUAGGAGCCCAGUUGAUGUUGGUUCAGUGCAAGGCCCAGACCACAUGUGGAACACACUAUUCUGGUUGUUUUCAGCUUUUGAGUGUGAACCUGGGGCUUGCUGCUGUGUGGUGAUGUGUGUUUGCAUCUGUGACUUGGUCACAUGGGUGUUCACAACCACAUUCAGCACAUUUGAAGACCAGAGGACAGUGGUUCAUUACUAGUAUAUUAAUUACAAAACUGAUUGAUUAGAUGUGGCUUAAUUUCUUCAUCUGACAGAAUUGAUGCUUGGCAGUGAAUCCCUGGCAGGGAUGUCCAAUCUGUUUCCUGACUGUCAAGGUAAGUAUAAGAACCGAGGAAGUGGAAAAAUCGAGUACACUUUUGGUUGUGUAUUUAGCAUAGCAGUGUGAUGUGGAUAAGGAAGUCCCUAUGUUGUAUAAAGUCAGAUUAAAAUAUGCUAGUGGCAAAGCCUUAACACCCUCAACAGUCAUUGAAAAUCAAGGGAGUUUAUAGAUAUAACACUGAGCCAGGCACAGCUUUAGAGCUGUGCGUGUCACUGGAGAGGGGAUAUGUGUGAGGAGAGUAGGCUAUUCAAACACAGGCAAUUCUGCCUAAGGUGGGCAGCCUCCUAUAAUUCCUACUUGUAAUCGGGUCAUUUACAACCGGAAAAGCAUUGGAACGAGUUCUGCCAUCUUUGGGCACAAUGGCUACAGAAUUUCACAUCAACCCCUGCUCGUUAUGGUACACUCUGGCCAAGUAUAGGGAAAUACCUUAGUUGAUCUCAAUGCUUUGUGGUGUUUAAGUUGUUGUCUGGUGGUAUGUCUUGCUCCUUGUGGGAAUUAAUUAGUAAUUAGAAUCCAAAACAUUUUAUAGAGAUGAGAAUGUUACUUGCUUUGAUGGAACAAUAACAAAAUAAAUAGUUGUCCUUGCCUGUUUCAUCAAUCAAGUUUUAUCAUUGAUUUACUUGUCUUAUUGAGAGAGAUAUCAAAUCUUUAGAAAUGGAAUCAAUGUGGAUCAAAUGUGAUGUGCUCUAUGCCUGGAUAAUUUACAUUACAACGUACACAAAUGUCAUUGUGUGCAUUAGGUUAUUUUAUUUCAUGUUUAGAUGUCAUCUCCAUCAGACUGCAAAAUGAGGAAAAACCCAAUACAUUUGUAACUAGGAUUUAUUCUGAACUUUUUAAAUAGAAACACGUAUUUGUGAUGUUAGCUUCUACAAUAAAGUAUUUUAAUAAAAAAAAA